UACCUAGCCACACCCAUAACCAUUUCCUUGUUUAGAAACCGACUUGAUUUUGCAAUUUCGUUUGUGACUCAUAGCCUGAUCCUACAGCCUACAUGGCAGGCGAAGUGUGGAGAUGAAAAGUGUCGCGAAGGAGUUCUUCUGUCUCACUGAUGAGACAGACCAAGGGAGGGCGAGUGUGUCAACACGUGGAGCCAGUAUGAGGAGCAGCCACACUCCUGGACACUGCAAAGGGAGUGAAUCUGUGCUGCGCAGGACUGUGACCUUGGAUUAUAAUGAUGGUGAUGACUAUGAUGAUACAGAAGGAAUCGCUGAACAUACAACAAAACCAGAAGUCACAGAAGAAUGGAUGUCAGUCAUGGGGGCAAAACUCCCAGAGUUACCAGUUCAUAAAAAGGAGACCUCACGAACGAAAUGUGAGUCUCCAAAAGAAUAUAUUCAGCUCCAAAGGGAUAAAGGGAUGAGUGUACCAGAAACACAGACAAGGAUGAAAGAUCAGGCCAAGAUAGUGUUACCACUAAAGCCUUUCAGUGAGGGAUAUGAGGCUGCAUUCCUCAGGGACAGAAUGCGAAGGCUCUGCAGAAGAUCAGGACCUCCUUUCUCGCUGUUCUCCCCUACGGAAAGCCUGGGGGACAUACUGUACAGGAAAACCAAGCAUGUGUUUGACUACACAGUCACGGACAUGAAAGACAAAAAGCCUGAUGUUUCAAGGUGUGGUUCCAAUCUAAACCAAUGUGUUAGACCAGCCCUUCCAGUACAGAAAGGCUUCAAUGUAUCCACAUCUAGGUACAGCCAGAGAAAGGAACAAUCAAUUGAUCAGAUGACGGUGAUCAGAAAAGAUCAUGUCGGUAGGCCUUUACUAAUGCUGAAAGGCAAUGCAAGUCUAACCAACAGUGAUGGAAGCAGCAACACGGAUUCAUUUGCUUAUUCACCCAGACUCACAAAGGGUAAACCAUCAACCUCCUCUCAGCCAGGACCUGACACCAGGAUCCCACCAGUAGUAACCAGGAAGCAUUCUGACAUCAUCAGAGAGGAAAGAAAGAGGCACUACUACAAAGACCUGUGUCAGCAGGUGGAGGAGAAGAGACAACAAAAAGCGAAGGAGAGGAGAAGGAUUACCACCGCCGAACAAACUCACAAUGAGACAAUGCAGUUCUUCACCUGGGGGAUGCCAGGGAGCGGAGCCCCAAACUACCACCUGGACUCUGUGAGAAGGAACAAGUUCAGUUCCACAGAAAUGAUACCCCAGGAACAGCUCCGUUGUAAAGGCUUCAGCGGGAUCCCUUUUCAUCUGCAUGUCAAAUGAUGGCCAUUUUAUGGUCGUCCCCCCCAGCCCAGACGAUUGAUGCUCAGCUCAGACAACUGAUAAACCCAUUAAACUAACGCAGUAGUAGACCAAACUCUGCGCUCUGCUGACUUUUGUCCCAUAGGUGAUAGAUAAGUCAUCAAUUAGCUGGAUUUCAGCACUCCUUGGCACUUAUAUCCAUUGAUUAAUUUACUGUUUCAAACUCCCAUAUGUGCAUAACCACACUCAAAACAAUUCUGGAUCCGCACAUUCUGAUGGUGUUCAAAUCAGUUGUGAUGGUAGGGAUGCACAUAAACAGUUAUAUAUACACACACACACACACACACAUAAAUGCUACAGUGGUAAUUGACAGAUCAAUAGCAUGGUGAGAUAAUGAAUAGAAACAGUGGCUCACUAAAUAUAAGAUUGUACACAAAAAAAGCUGGUCGUGAAAGCGAAAAGAUACUGACUGUCUGCCUACAGUCAAAAAAUUCUUCUUCUUUUUUUGUCAUCAUAUUUUUAACCGUUUUAUAUGAGUAAUUUUGUAUAUAUAUUGAAGCCAGAGUUGUAGUGAAAUAAAACCCUC